UUAAGAUGUAAAAAAAAAUUAAGACACUAGGCAUAGGAGACAUACUAUAAUGUUGAGAAUCCUUAUUAUUCCAAAUUUAACAGCAUUAUGUAGAAAAUUUGCUUCUAGAAUAUCGUAGCUCAUGAGUUCGUAGCACGGCAGGGUUUAUUCAUCUUUUUCGUAGUAGACUGAAUUUGAUCUAAUUAUAACAUCUCAUGAUUUCUUAAAAUUUAAUCGUAUCCAUACAACAAAACAUGACAUGAUUGCAUAGAAAGCUUAACGAUGUAAGUCAACGUAGAAUCGUGUUUGCUACACAACUUUCACGCUAAAAGCGAAUCAUAAAAUAGUGAGGCAAUCCAUUCAUCAUAUCGAAGCUCUACGAGUUCUGACAGUGGGUUAAAUACUUUUUAAUAUCCACACGAAAAGUGCAUCAUUGGUGUUGUUAAUUUCGAAGAUGUUACGGCAUUGGACGGGCGCUGCAGUGCGGGUCUGAGGCCUCAGCGGGGGUGAGCGGUGGGCGGGAAGGGGGCUCCCUCCGCCCUCAGAGGGAAGGAGGCCGCGACCCGGUCACGAGUUACGAUUCGCGAGGCAGCAGAGCCGCCGCGGCGCUCGCCGGCGCACCGCGCCGUCCAACUCUAUUUAACCUCUAAAAACUAUAAUUAUAUUACUGUAUGUAUUACGUACUUAAUAGCAUUUUAUUUUUCCGCGUGAACCUGUAAUUGGAUUACGAGAGCGUCGGAUUAUUAUGUAAAGAUGUUGAGUGGCAAUGACGUUCGUAUUUGUCAAGUUUUACCGUGCAGUGAUACAGAAAUGUUUUUAUAGAUAUUAUUUACGCGAUUUUAUAUAUUAUAGGAAUAUUUAUUGAACGUUGUGCAUUCCAUUAAAUGGAACAACUUUCUCAUAUUUUCUGAUUACGAUAUGUUUUCAAAAUGUUAUGUAACUGUAAAACAGAAUGUUUAACAUUACGUACCAUUUUCGUCUGUCGAUUAAUGAGUUGAUAUUUUUAUAAUGUUUUACUUUAAAGGAUAGACAAUAAAGUGGACUUUGUGUGAAGUGAGUGCCGUCAAAAUGAUUGUCGAAAUACAAGAGGAGGUUAGAGGAAAGAGGCCUUUCAAGAUAUGGGACAGCUCUCGAAAUGUAAGAAAGGGGUUGGUAGUGACUAGCUUCGAGGAGUUAAUACAUAGAGGAAAGGAGAAGCUAUCGGUAGCUGCGAGUGAGCCCGUGCGGCUGGUCCUCGAGAGCGACGGGACGCAGGUGGAGGACGGCGAGUACUGGCGCACCUUGCCCCCCAACACUGUACUGCUGCUGCUGCGGCAGGGCGAGCGAUGGUAUCCCACUGGAGUCGACGUCAUCAAGGCCGCGAUAUCGGCAAUACCAAAAAUAGUAUGCGAAACGAUUCACGCGCUCGAGUUGCACGAUGAGACUCCUUCAUGGAAGAUCAUGGACAACAAGGGGCGAGUUACCGUGGUGCUGCACUGGGACCAGCGGCCGCAGGCGUCGCCUGCUGCGCGCUCCCCGAGCCGCCAGGCCAAGCCGGACCGCAGGCCCUCGCUAGUGAUCCAGACGUCGCUAGACAGGCCCCAGCCCCCGCCGCCGCAUAUCACCGUCGUCAACCACGACGAGCCGGGCCCCGCGCGCGGCCGCCUCUCCCGCGCGUCCUCCUCGCUCGACCACCAUGUGCACACUGCGGAGUGUCGAGCCACUGCUCCUCCGCACUCUGGCCCACCUCCCACGGAUGAGUGUGAUUUUCACUGCUGCGCUCUACACGAAGAGGGUCGGAGGAUCGCCGUACAUAAAAGCGUGGCUACCUCACCGAUACAAGACUCUCAACCACGCGCGUCACCACAGGGCCGGCCGAAGGGCCACGUUCGCUUUCUGGAUGCCGAAUCGGCAAGACGUGGCGAACGUGACUCUUCUGAAAGCGAAACGGAAAACACUCUAGUAGAAGAUGAGGCUGUGACGUCUGAAAAGUUUCUUCUCUUAAUAGAUCAACUCAGUGUCGAUCAAAAACGCCAUCUCACCAUUAAAGACAUAGGUAUCAUAUUAGAGAGAUUAAGCUCGAAAAUAUUGGACGUGGAGAGGUUGGACCGUGAAUCAGAGUCAGAUGAUUGUUACAAUUGGACAAUCAAGGCGACUAUACGCGGAGACGCGCUGCGAGAACUAGGGGUUAUAUACAAUGGCAACUACUACGCGAUCAGUGAACAUCCGGGGUACCGGGAGGAGAACGAGGAGGCCGGAGACGAGGGUGAGGAGGAAGAAGAAGAGGACAGGCUCUGAUCGGGCCUGUGCGGCGCCGCUGUGCCCGCCGCCGCCGCGCUCCGCCUGGCGCUGUGCCGCGUCGCCGCACGCUGACUCGCCGCACUGCCCUCGUCACAAAACUCACUGCCCACCGGAUUUCCCCCGUGCGAAACGACUUUACGGAACCGCAUCCGAUCCCGGCGCGCUUACCGAAGCAGGCAAAACACCGUGCGUGUUUUAUAAAAGAAUUCGAAUUCAUUUUGGUGCAUCGGGUGUGUGUUCGACUACAAUAUUAGCGACAUUUUGGCUCGGAACGUAGUUUAGAGCAUGAUAGGUCGCACUUAGAGACUUUUAUGAAAUUUUGCCGCGGCCGCCUCGCGCCGUCCUCGCGAUUCGUCUGCGGGGCGAGGCGAUGCCGAGGCCUAGUUAAUAAAUAGUGAAAUUAAUAUAAGUAAAACUGACUUCCUAUCGAUAUCUAAGAUGACUAAUUAAGCGUGCCACCGGUGGACAAUCUCGGUUGUCGCUCAGUUCCCGCGCCGACGCUGCGCGGCAACGUAGCGUAAUGUACACGAUAUAAUAUUACGCCGUCAACAGACAUGGUAUCAGCACAAAUGUAUAUCAUCGAGUUUGUUUUCAGUUUGUAAUUAGAUAUAUAAUAAAUUAUACACGAUUUAGCGACUACUCAAGAAAUCAAAUUUCAUAAUACAUUUGUAUAUUUGGUACGAAUUAACGAUUUUAUCUCCUCUCCGACUUUACUGUGUGCCAAAUUUUAAUAAAUUACUUUACGACCGCGCUUUAUUUACUUCUAUUUUGGCCUAAGCAUCAUUUACAAUUUUUACAAACUUCCUUACUGUGUUGAUCACUUACAUCGUUCAUAAUAUAACACGACUCUAUAUAUAUACGUGGAUUAAAAAAAAAACAAUAAAUAUAGAAAAAACUAGUCUAUUAUACACGCGAUGUUCGUAUUCGGUAUAGGAAAUUAAAUAAUUACAGGAUAAGGCAAAAUAAUAUUGCUCAUAAUAUAUUCGUUUAUGUACGUGUUUGCGAUAUCGGUUGUCGGAUAGGAAUCGUUGGGUCUUCAGGUAUAGGAAUCUGUGCUAGCAGAUAUUGUACAGUAGACUGCAGAGAGUCGCUAACUUGAGAUCUGUGCUAGCGAAUCCAUACCGUAAACUUCAUAAUUCGCUGAUAUGAAAUCUGUCCUAGCAGAGAUACUGUAGCAGUCCAGUAAACUGCAAAAAAUCGCAUAGUUGAGAUCUGUGCUAGCAGACACUGUACCGUAGAUUGCAGGAAGUCGCUAAUUUCUGAUCUUUUCUAACAGAUCUGUACCGUAGACUGCAGAAAGUCAAUAAAUUUCGAUCUGUGUUAGUAGCUACUGUAUCGAAGACUGCAGAAAGUCGCUAGCUUGUGAUCUGUGCUAGCACGUACUGUACAGUAGACUGCAGAGAAUCGCUAACUUGUGAAAUUCGAUCUUUAAAGGACUCGGGCUUGUUGAGAUGCCGGAAUAGAAAGCGAUACUUCAGAGAGAGUGAAUUAGGAAAUAUGAUACCUAGAUAAAAUAAAUUAUACUUACUAAUCAAUAAAAUUACACUGUUAUAAAAGAGGUUGUAAUAAAAAUAUGAAUAAACCACGAUUGCAUCUUAUCAUCGUGCCAAAACGAUAUGUUAGUAGUAAGUUGGGUCUUGUAUCUAGCUCUAUUGUAUUGUAGUAUUAUUGUAACGUUUUUAAUUUUUGUAUAGUACAGUCAUGACACACUGUUGUAUGAUAUAUGAAAUUUAAUAAGUUUUACAGUCCCGCCGGGGCGUCAUAAAUUGUAUAGUUAUUUAAGGUUAAUAUUAACGAUUAUUAAAUUAUUAUUGAAUAAGUACAGGUCACCAACACGUCAUGGAUGUUACGGAGAGGUCACGGAUUCACGCAUACUGUCUUGUUUGGUGCACGGAGCCUGUACGUGUUAUGCGAUGUCCUUUUAUUGUUUAAUGAUAAAUAAUAUUGUGUUAAAUAGUCCAUGAAAAUCGCAUCUAUAGCUGAACUCUAAGAGCUUUAAUUGUUUCUGCUCAAUAUUAUACAAGAUACAUUACGUACUUAAAUGAUAGUCGCAUUUAUGAAUUAGGCUUGUCUAUUACCAAAUCUUCUAACAAAGUAAAAUAAAUAUAUCUAUUGGAAUGAAUGUAUGAAUUCGUAUAGAUUUAUUAUUAUAAUGGGUUUAAAAAUAACCUUGGUAUUUGUCAGAUUGUCUCUACAAGACAACAUUUUUGUCAACUUAUGAACGUCGUUUGUAAUUUAUAGACUUUUUAAACAAAUAAUUGGAAGUAAUCACUUAUUCCGACCUUGAUUUUUUGUAUUGUUCAACUACAUAAAAUUUAACUAAAACAAUAUUAGGUAAAAAGUACAUCGUAUGCAAUUAAUGUUUUUUCAUCACAAUAUAUUUAAAAAAUUAAAGGCAAUAAAAAACAAUUACUAUGUACAAAUAUUGUUUUUAUGUGUACACAUUAAAAACAAAGCGAUGUUCAUGGAUUAUUUAUGCUGUCUUUUGAUAUUUUGAUACAUAAUUAGUAAUUUUAUUUUAAGGAGUUUGAUAUUGUGCAUUUGUUAAAUAAUUAAUUAAUUUCUAAAGUUAUUCUUACUAAUAAAUUUAGGCGAAUCUAUUGGAAAACAAGUGGCUGAGUUUUUAUGAGGUAUUGUGGAUUUUAGGAUACUUUAAGAAAAUUUAUAACUUAAACGAUAUAUAAAAAUAGUUUCACGUCACAAACGAACUACAAAUUUAUCAAUAAAACAUGAAACAAUUUGUAUGGCAUAUUUAUUACUUUAUGUAACAUAAUAUACAAGUCUAGAUUCGCAGAUACUUUUCGUCUUCAAUUGUCAGUUUUAAUCGUAAUUAGUUCACAAUAAUUUGAAAGAGUGGACGGAAAGAAUAUUAUUUUUAUUUACAAAACUUUUCAAUAAAAAAUACAGGUGUAGCUAUCAUUUAAAUAACGUAACCUACCAAUAUAAUAUACAUAAAAGUGACAUAAAAUUAAUUAAGUACUUAAUUAUAUCAAGUUUAAUUUUUAUGAAAUACAGAUAAAUCUUUUUAUAUCUGUAAAAUGGCGUG